AUGCCCUACUACGUUGUACGACAGGGCAGAAAACCUGGAAUUUAUAAUACUUGGGAUGAAUGUCAUAAACAAGUGGAUAAAUUUACUGGAGCACAAUUUAAAAAAUUUAAAACAUAUCCCGAAGCUCAAGAAUUUUUGAAUGGAAAAGUAUCAAUACAAAAAACUGGUGAAACGAAAAGUCCAGUAAAAAAAUCUAAACAAUGGAACAAUAUUCCAGCAGAUUUAAUGAAAGAUUCUAUUAAGAAAUAUUCAGUUGCUUCAUCCUAUCAAAAAUUAACAAUCAUAGAUAGUAAUACUGAACAAGGUGAAUACAAAGUAGCCUAUUCGGAUGGUUGUUGUUUUUCCAAUGGUCGAGUAGGAUCAAGAGCUGGCUAUGGUGUUUAUUGGGAUGAUGAUCAUCCAUGGAAUACUAGUGAACGAUUAUAUGGUGAUCAAACAAAUCAACGAGCUGAAUUAGCGGCAGCAAUUAGUGCAAUGGAAGUAGCUAUAUCAAAUAGUAUAACUCAUUUAGAAAUUCGUACAGAUAGUAAAUACACUAUACAAUCUGCUACCGAAUGGAUACAUGGAUGGAAAAGAUCUAAUUGGAUUAAAAAAACUGAUAACAAGCCCGUUAUGAAUAAAGAUCUUAUGGUUAAAAUUGAUGAACUUCAACAGAAGUUAAAACUAAAAUGGACAUAUGUACCUGGUCAUUCAUCAAAUAAAGGAAACGACGAAGCUGAUCGUUUAGCAAAAGCCGGUGCUCAAAAACAAUAA